AUGGCGAGAAAGAAGUCAGCCGUGCAACGCGCUCGCGAGAAGGCGGAAGAGGCGGAGAACAGGCAGCUCGAGGAGCAGCAACGACGCUUUAAGCUGGAAGCUGAACUUGAGCAGCUACAGCAACUCCUCGCCGCUCAACACCCGACAACCCCACUGGCACGUAGAACACCCUCGGAACGCGUGCCUGCUUCGCGCCCCUCGGGUGAUAACAGACCUCCGGAGGGAAAGUCGGAUGACCCCGAGGGUGCCAACCGCGCUAGCAACACCAGCAGUGGUAACGGUGGCGAUGAUUCGGGCGAGCGCGACAACUUCUUCGGCGGCAAUGGUGGAGACGAUGAUGAGGACGUCCCCCCUGCCGUCGGCCGGGAGCAGCAGGUGGGUUGGGCAGACGACGACGAACCCGAGGAGGAGCCCGAGGUUUUUUCAUCUCCGGCUGGCGCAUCCAUCGUAGAGAUGCUGAAGCACCACCGCGAUGGGACCGACCCUCCGGAAUGGCUCAUGUCUAUUGCGCUGCCCGCCAGCUCGCGAAAGGACUAGCGACCCUCUUGUGAUGCCGAAUGCCUCACCUACACUCUCUACUGUUCGCACUGAUGAAAAUCCGUCAGCGCACACCGCGGGUACGUCUGCUCGUUUCGUCUUCAAACCCGCAACCGACCCAAAGAUCUUGUUUUCUCAGGGGAACCUGGGCAAGAUAUUGUAGAACUUUUGGCGCAAUACCGUGCGGGUGUGAAACUGAACUCAGUAGACAGCUGCCCGGACCAUGUAGUCGACCAACGUGCUGUGCGAUACCUCCCGCUUCUUCUGCGAGGGGCUGCGUAUGACACCCUGUU